AUGCUCGCCCCGCCCACUCGCCUCGUCUGCGGCGCCGCGGCCCUGCUCUCGCUCCUGCGCUGCCACCCCGUCGCCAGCGCCGCCCUGCACUGGUGGCCCGGCCCUCCUCCCGCCCACGACCACGACCACGCCGUCGGAUCUACCACCCUCCCACAGCAACAGCGACAGCCACAACAGCAGCAGAUACCCCUCGCCAUAGGCACCGGCACCGACACCGACACCGACGAUGACGACAACCUGCAAACCUACGACCCCCUCGACCUCUGCGGCCUCGGCAGCGCCCGCCUCUCCUUACCUCUCCUCCUCGACGCCGCCGCCGCCGCCUCCUCGGAGGCCCGGGACGUCUACGCCGCCGCCGCCGACGACAUGCUAGUCUCGCGCGGGGCCUGCGCCGACGAGAUCGAGGCGUUCCUCGGCGACCAGGCGCGGGCCGUCCUGCGCGGGGCGGGGCUGGAGGGGAGCGACCCGGCUGAGGCGAUCGCGCAGGUGACGAGGCUGCACGAGGCGGCGCGGCGGGCGCGGCUGGCGCUGGCUCCGCACGACCAUGAGGGGAGGGGAAGGAGCAGCAGGAGGAGAAAGGCUGCGCUCGGUGCCUCUCGGGUCACGGGGUUCGUGCAGCAGGUGCAUGACCUCGCGGUCGUGUUUGUGCACGGCGAGUUUGGCGCGCUGCACCUCCGGCCGGAGGAUCUUGUCCUGGCUUGGUUGGAGCGCGGUGGGGAGGUGAACCAACAGGAGGAGGAGGAGGGGGACCGGUCUGCUGGUGAGGAAGGGCAGACCGUGGAAGGCUGGUUGAGGUUCGCGAGGGAGACCGUCGGCCUACCGUUCUACCAGACGUACCCGGACCUCACUGCUGCCGCCGACGGGAAGAGUCACAGGCUCAGGCUCAGGCUCGACCGUCUAGCAAGGAAUUACCGCCUGGCUAUGGCGCAGGAGACGGAGGGCGUCGUCGCGCCGACGGGACCUACGGCGUGGCUGGUGGAGGCGUACGACGAGUGGAAGCGGCGGAGCGGAGGAGCGGCGCGGCCGACCCACCCUCUGCCCGCCGAGGUCGCCGACGCGCACAACAUGGCCCGCCUCGUGAGGAGGCGCGCCGCCGGCGACGACGAGUUCGUCACCGCGUUCGCGUUCCUGAUGCAGGGCGGCGGCAGCGCGAGCCGGUACAGGGCGCUGGCCAGGGCGAACCGCCAGCUGGCGACGGCCCCGGAGAGCGUGUGCAUGCGGGGGCUGGGGCUGGGCUUCUUGGAUAGGGUUCUUUCUUCCGCCCGGGCCGCCUGGAUGCGGCUGUCGGGCAGCGAGUGCCAGAAGGUCGAGGAGGGAGUGAGCCCGCGCGUGUUCUGUGGGCACUGGGGCAGCGCGAUAAGCGCGCUGCCCGAGUUUGGAGUUUAG